GUUUAUUAGCAUAGGUCAUCUUAUUACUAGCCCCACGUGUUUGUACUUUUAAAGUACGCUUUUCUCCACGUGCCGACGUUUAUUCUUCAAUAUGCCUCGUGCCAGGUCGUGCAUUAUAAGUACUGAAAAAUUGCUCUCAAAGACUUUGCCUAUACUACUCCUUGCUUGGUGGUUGUAUCGUUCGAAUCGAAACAGUUCACGAAUACUUUAAUAUGGCUGUAUUCUCUACACCAGUUCUUGCUCCAGUUGGACCGCCUGUGCUCAACAGGUUUUUACCUGUAUAUUCCAUUACAACAACACCAGCUGUGUUGGCAGUACCCAUCAUUAAGAGGACGUGCAAUGUGGCGCUUAUCUGGCAGUUGAUUUUCAAUAAACUCUUCUCUCGCUUUGCACCUCAUUCUUGGAGGCUUGUACCAGUAACUUCAAAACCAUCUGGACGAUGGCACACUUUUGUUGAUUCCGCCAAAGUUCGGUUUGCUUGUGAGGCAUGUGGCCAUGGAUGGACUUCUAUGAAAGGAAGAAUUACUUUCUGGUGCGCUUUCUCAAACAAUACAGGAGUAGUAGCCUACCGUCUUUACGGCCAGCAAUGCGAUAGCUGUAAGGGAGAUGGCUAUGAACCAGCAAUGUGGUAUCCUGAAGAGAUAGAAAAGGUCCUUUUGAAUAUAUUCAGUAGAGUUGCACAUGUUUUUUAUGGCUUAGAAAGACCACCAAUUCAACUUAAUAGAAGGCCUGGUAAACCAAAGAAUCCACAUAACUCCGAGCGUUGUCAAGCCUGCAAAGAUGGAGUUUGCGCAGAGCGCAGAUAAAGUGCCUCAAUCGUGAUAACACUCUAAAUCUCAUAUCAUUGACUACUAAGAUGUAAAUUUCAAGCACUGGUGCUAUUAUUUUACAAAACUGUUUUAGAGGCCAAAUCUGAAAGUACUUCUUUAGUUAGAAAGAAUUAGAAACAAUUACUUAUCUCGUUAAGUAAAUCAAAAUGUUUCAAAUGUUAAGAUUGUUUUAGAAUGCAAAUAUUCUAAAACGUCGACCAAACUUUAAACGAAGCCAUGUUAAACAUUUUUGUUAAACCCAAACAUUGAUUUUUGAAGUUUUUCUUAAUCUAUCGAAUUUUUUUAAACUUCAUGUCUGGUUUCAUGUAUUGCCGCAAUUCGCAUAAAGACAUGCGAAACUUGUACUUUUCUGUUUACCAAUUUUGCAAUAAACAUUUUUGCUUUGUCUAA